CAAACAUGUUUCAAGUGACAAGGAUAAGACACAAGUUCAAUGCUGAAGUUUUCAUUAGAGACGCAGAUUUACAGAAGCGUCUGGCUUCCAAAGCAAUUCUUGGACUAUACAGGAUGUGGUAAGAGUACUAAUGAGACCAUCUUCUUCAGAACGCAAGAUGAAGAUGAUACUCCAUCUUCUUUAGCAGCAUGUCCAAGGGUUCAGGUUCCAGUGAACAUGUUGGCUUUCUCUGCUGAUCCAUUUACAUUCAUAGCUUCUGAAUUCCAUGUUAACAUUCAACUUUCUCCUGGUUGUGGUCGAUGUUGUUUUGAGAAAGGCUUAUGCCGGCUCAACAGCACUGGAGGAUUUUAUUGUCUCAAAUUGAAAGAAGAUCAAAAUAAAAGACGGCCUUGGAAGCUGGGAACCAUAAUAGGUUUUGGAGUGGGAUUAGGCAUUCUGAUAUUAGCGUUGCUGCUCUGCUUUGGACUCUACAAACACAAACAGAAUCCUAUAUCCCAUGUAAGACUUCGAUCAACGAAUCAAUACCCAAAUGAUGCGGACCCAGACAGUGGCAGACUCUUCUUUGGAGUCCCAAUCUUCUCCUACACGGAGCUUCAAGGCGCAACCAACAACUUUGACCCCUCUAACAAACUUGGAGACGGCGGCUUCGGCUCUGUUUACUAUGGAAAGCUCCAAGAUGGGCGUGAAGUUGCAGUGAAGCACCUAUUCAACCACAGCUACAAGCGAGUAGAACAGUUCAUGACAGAAGUUGAGAUCCUCACUCGCCUACGUCACCGAAAUCUUGUCUGCCUCUAUGGCUGCACUUCUCGUCAGAGCCAUGAGCUCCUUCUUGUCUAUGAAUACAUCCCAAAUGGCACCCUUGCCAGUCACCUCCGUGGCAGCUCUGCAAAUCCUGCAUUGUUGACGUGGCCUGUUCGAAUCAAAGUCGCCAUAGAAACUGCCAGUGCUUUGGCUUACCUUCAUGCCUCUGGCAUCAUCCAUCGUGAUGUCAAAACCAACAACAUUCUCCUUGACAAGAACUUCUAUGUUAAACUUGCGGAUUUUGGACUUUCUAGGUUGUUCCCAGAUGAUGUCUCGCAUGUUUCUACGGCUCCACAGGGAACACCAGGCUAUCUUGACCCAGAAUAUCACUACUGCUUUAGGCUGACAGAUAAAAGUGACGUGUAUAGUUUUGGGGUUGUGCUUAUGGAGCUGAUAUCUUCUAUGCCAGCAGUUGAUAUGGGAAGGAACAAAGAUGAGAUUACCUUGGCGGGUCUUACAGUUAGGAAGAUUCAGAGGAAUGAAUUUGAGGAGUUGGUGGAUCCAUGUUUGGGGAUUGAGAAGGAUAGUGAGGUGAAAAAGAAGGUGUUUGCAGUAGGAGAAUUGGCAUUUCAGUGUUUGCAGAUAGAUAAAGAGAUGAGGCCUUCCAUUGAUGAGGUUUUAGAGCUUUUGAGGAAAAUCGAAGGUGGGAAAGUAGCAGAAGAAGAAGAAGACAAAGAUACUGGGAAAGACGGAGAUGGUGGUGAAGUUUCAAAGAAUAAAGCCAAUAUAAAAGCACGAGCAGUGACUUCAAUAAGUUUUGAUCAGGUAAAGUUGUUCAAGUCAUCAUCUUCUCCAAACAACAUAAUCCAAAAAUGGGGAAAUGGAAAAAUUGAUCAAGGAAAGUUGUUUAGCGUUUAAUUUCUAAGAAGUUUUGAGCACGUGGUUAUUCUUUUUUUAAUAUAUAAAUGAUUAGAUAAGUAAUUAGUUGAG